AUGUCUUCCGGACUCAAGUCGGUGGCCUACUUCGUUAACUGGGCGAUUUACGGACGCAACUACAACCCCCAGGAUAUCCCCGCGGACAAGUUGACCCAUAUACUCUAUGCCUUUGCCAAUGUUCGCCCAGAAACUGGCGAAGUUUACCUUUCCGACACCUGGUCGGACAUUGAGAAGCACUAUCCCACUGAUUCGUGGAAUGACGUGGGUACCAAUGUCUAUGGAUGCGUCAAGCAGCUGUUCCUACUCAAGCAGCAGAACCGCAAGCUGAAGGUCCUAUUGUCCAUUGGUGGAUGGACUUAUUCGUCCAACUUCCCCGGCGCAGCCGCCUCGGACGCUAACCGGGCCAACUUCGCUACGACGGCCACCAAGUUGGUCACGGACCUUGGAUUCGAUGGUAUCGAUAUUGAUUGGGAGUAUCCGAAAGACGAUACCGAGGCCCAGAACAUGGUCUUGCUCCUUAAGAAAUGUCGUGAGACGCUGGACAACGCCGCAGGUGCCAGCAGAAAGUUCUACUUGACCAUCGCCUGCCCUGCUGGACCGGUCAACUACACCAAGCUCAAGCUGUCCCAGAUGACGCCGUAUCUGGACUUCUACAACCUGAUGGCGUACGACUACGCCGGGAGCUGGGACACCGUCGCAGGUCACCAAGCCAAUAUAUAUCCUUCCUCUGACAAGCCCGCGUCAACUCCCUUCUCGACCAAUGAGGCCGUGAACUAUUACACCCAAGUGGGCGGAGUGCCAUCUGCGAAAUUGGUGCUGGGAAUGCCGCUGUACGGGCGUGCCUUCACCAACACCGACGGACCCGGCACCGCCUUCUCAGGCGUCGGAGGAGGGAGUUGGGAGAAUGGUGUCUGGGACUACAAAGCGCUGCCCCAGGCUGGUGCCACCGAGAACGUGGAUGCCAACAUUGGCGCGUCCUGGAGCUAUAGUUCUAGCGCCCGCACUAUGAUCUCGUACGACACUAUCGCUGUGGGCGAGCAGAAGUUGCAAUAUAUCAACCAGAAGCAGCUCGGCGGUGGAAUGUGGUGGGAGCUUAGCGGGGAUAAGGGAGGUAAGACCGCGAACAAGUCGGACGGGAGCUUGAUCGGAACCUUUGUUGAAGGGGUGGGUGGGCUCUCGUCCUUGGACCAGUCGCAGAACGCACUGUCCUACCCGGAGAGCAAGUACGAUAACCUGAGGAAAGGUUUCCAGUGA